AUGUCCUCGCUUUUCGACGCCGUCCUCCAGUCCGAGCUGGGCUCAACCGCCGGGUCUCGAGACGACCGAGGGCUUCAUUCAGACGGCCUCCCUCCUAGCUCACGCCCACACCCUCUCUCCGAGAGCAAUGCUCCCAUGAGCGAUGCGAAUGCCUUCCCUGAUGAUCAGGUCGCAGAAACAAACGGGUCGACGACCAACCGGCUGCGAAAUCCAUAUGUCCCCGGCCCGCCCCCCGUGGUUGAUUUGGCUGGUGAAAAGGUACAGCAGGCCUUUGAAGAGCUGCUGGAAAACUACCAGGAAGAAGCUGCACCGACACCGCACCCUCCGCCAUCUUCAGCGACUAUGACCGACAAAUACUACAUUGCUCAGAUCCACGGGAUGGCGAAAUGGGAAUUGUCUACGCUUUAUGUCGACUUUACACACCUCACCUCCCUCGAUAACCCAAUUCUGGCGGAUGCGAUCGCAAACCAGUACUAUCGCUUCCAGCCGUUCCUCGUCAAGGCACUCCACAACUUGAUCGCAAAAUACGAGCCUGAAUACUUUAUGUCUCACCGUCAAGCCACUAGCAGUGUCUCGUCCCAAGCUGGCACCUCCAUGAUGGCCGGCAACUCUAGCGUAUCCGACGACCCCAAAUUGGCACGGACAAUCCGCGAGAAGACUCGACACCAGCAGACCGAUAAGCUAUUUUCCAUAGCAUUCUACAACCUCCCUCUAGUCUCUAGGCUGCGACAGCUCCGAACCUCGCAAAUUGGAAAGCUGCUCUCCGUUUCUGGUACUGUCACGCGCACAUCAGAAAUCCGACCAGAAUUAUCCCUCGGAACCUUCAUCUGCGAAGGCUGCAGAACGGUUGUCUCCAACGUCGAGCAGACAUUCCGCUACACACAACCCACGCGGUGCCCGAAUAGUACCUGCGGAAACACUCUUGGAUGGCGCCUAAAUAUCGGAAAGAGCACAUUCGUUGACUGGCAGAAGGUGAAGCUACAAGAGUCGUCCCACGAAAUCCCAACCGGCAGUAUGCCGCGGACCAUGGAUAUUAUUCUACGUGGUGAAAUGGUCGAUCGCGUCAAGGCUGGUGAACGUUCUAUCUUCACCGGUACACUCAUUGUUAUUCCCGAUGUCAGUCAGCUAGGUCUACCAGGUGUCCGACCAGAGGCAGUACGCGACAACACCUCCUUCCGCGGUAACGAUGCUGGAGGUUCGGGAGUCAGCGGGCUGAAGGCGCUUGGUGUAAGAGACUUGACCUAUCGGUUGGCUUUCUUGUCAUGCAUGGUUACUCCUGAUACGACAACCCCUGGCCAACAAACAAACCAGCAGCUGAGCGGCCAGUCUAACAGAAUCCUCGGCUCGCUCAACCAGAACCCCGACCCUGAUCCUGAUGAUGAUAAGGCACAAGAGGCAUUCCUUCAAAGUCUGAGUCCGUCAGAGGUCCAGGAUUUGAAGAGCAUGGUUCACUCGGAGUACAUCUACUCUCGCUUGGUGGAUUCCAUGGCGCCUAUGAUCUACGGCCAUCGUCAAAUUAAGAAGGGUCUCCUUCUGCAGCUUGUAGGAGGUGUGGCCAAGACGACUAAGCAAGAAAGUUUGCAACUUCGUGGUGAUAUCAACAUCUGUGUUGUUGGUGACCCGUCAACAAGUAAAAGUCAAUUCUUAAAGUAUAUCUGCUCCCUACAUCCCCGCGCCGUCUACACCAGUGGUAAAGCUUCAUCUGCCGCCGGUUUAACCGCAUCGGUCGUGAAGGACGCCGAAACUGGAGAAUUCACCAUCGAAGCCGGUGCUCUCAUGUUAGCAAACGGCGGCGGCAUCUGCGCGAUCGACGAAUUCGACAAAAUGGACAUCGUCGACCAAGUCGCCAUCCACGAAGCAAUGGAACAACAAACCAUUUCCAUCGCCAAAGCGGGCAUCCACACCACCCUCAACGCCCGUGCUUCAAUUCUCGCAGCCGCAAACCCCAUCGGCGGCCGCUACGACCCCAAAACCACCCUCCGCGGCAACCUCAACUUCUCCGCCCCGAUCAUGUCCCGAUUCGAUCUCUUCUUCGUCAUCCGCGACGAGCCCAACGCCGAGGUCGACCGCAACCUCGCCGACCACAUCGUCAACGUCCACAUGAACCGCGACGAGGCCGUCGAGCCCGAGUUCAGCACCGAGCAGCUCCAGCGCUACGUCCGGUUCGCACGCACCUUCCGCCCCGUUUUCCGCGAUGAGGCCAAGACCCUCCUCGUCGAGAAGUACAAGGAACUUCGCGCGAACGAUGCACAGGGCGGGAUGGGCCGCUCCUCGUACCGUAUCACAGUGCGUCAGCUUGAAUCGCUGAUUCGAUUGUCCGAAGCCAUUGCAAAGGUCAACUGCGUUGAGGAGGUCGUGCCCAAGUUCGUCCGUGAGGCAUACGAUCUCCUCCGGCAGAGUAUCGUCACGGUCGAGAAGGACGACGUCGAAGUCGACGAUGACGAAGACGCUGCCGUCGCUGCUGCAGUCGCAGAUGCUGAAAACGAUGAUGAAAUGCCCGACCGGGACCGAGACGGCGACAGUCCCAUGCGCGAGGACGCCGGUGCCGCCGCCGAACAAGCUGCUGAGACGCGCGCCGCUAAGACAAAGAUCACAUACGACAAGUACAUGAAGAUCCUGAACCUGGUGGUGCGACGGAUCCGCGAGGACGAAGCAGCUGCAGGGGAAGGUGUCGAGCAGGAAGACCUGCUUGUGUGGUACCUCGAGCAGAUUGAAUCCGAGCUGAACAGCGAAGAGGAUCUGCAGAGGGAGCGCGGCCUCGCGUCCAAGGUCCUUAAGCGCAUGGUUAAGGAUAACAUCCUGAUGCCGAUUCGCGGGGAGGGACUUGUGGAUGUCAAUGAGGCGUCGGAGGCGCAGGCCGAUAAGACUAUUUACGUGCUGCAUCCGAACUGUGCGAUUGAUGAGGAGUGA